UCAGUGUAGCCCCGCCCCCUGCAGGUGUAUCACUCCAGCGUCCAGCUGAUAUUCGGGACUCUUUGCGGUGACACCAGCGGAGAUGCUUGACCAGGUCGUCUGCCUUGCCGCUGUCACCAUCAUGGGCGUCCUGGAGCAAGCCUACUUCUCCCUGCAGGUGAUCUACGCCAGGAGGAAGUUCUCCGUCUCCCCUCCUUGUACAUCUGGACCGUCACAGUUUGACAGGGUAUUCAGAGCUCAAGUCAAUUGUUCCGAGUAUUUUCCCAUUUUCAUCGCAACCUUGUGGACAUCUGGAGUCUUCUUCAACCAAGGUGUGUCUUCAGUAUGUGGCGUGCUCUAUCUGUACGCACGCCUGCGCUACUUUAAAGGUUACUCUCAGUCGCCGCAGCAACGGCUGGCGCCACUCUACUUCAGCGCUCGAGUUCUUUGGCUGCUCAUUGCCUUGUCCUGCGUUGGUAUCUUUUUGUGCUUCUGGCGGGUAUACGUAGACGUGAACCUGCUGCAGCUGCUCAGCACCUAAUUGCUCACCUAAAACAAAUAAAAGCUUAAUCUGAUGAACUUUCUGGAAGUUUUUCUUUUGGAAUAAUGAAAGACUAUCAAUAUCUCACCAUGCAAAGGGAAAAACAAAUAACAAAAAAACAAUCCCAGCAUGAAAAGAGACUUUGGACGUGUUUACUAUAUCAGCUACGAUGACCUUGUGGUGACCCCAGUGCUGCUUUCUCAUGUAUGGAAUUUGUCAUGUGUCUAUUUUCAUCCUGUGUGCACCAGUUGUUUGCAGCAUCACUUCAAACUUUCCAUGUGACAGCAGCUGCUUUCUUUCUUUGU